UAACAACACUCGGAACCGCGGCCGGUGCUAUUUGUUGCUGCGCCGCCUCGUCCGAAUUACGGUCUGCGCGCGGAGCCUGCUCGCAGCAGCCGCCUUCCCGUGACCUCGGGUUCCGCUUCUCCCAGCCUGCCGAGCAGCCGCCCCGCGCCAUGACUGUCGUCUCCGUCCCGCAGCGGGAGCUCGCUCUGGGCGGCCGUCUGGCACCGCUCGGCUUUUCCGCCCGCGGCUUCCUCGGGGCCCUCCCGAUGGUGAGCCCGGCCCCGCCGCCCUUGCCGCGCCUGGCGGACCCGCGCGUGCUGCCGCCGUCGCUCUUCCUGCCGCACUUCCUCGCAGGGGAUAGCCCCUGCCAGGUGGCCGGCCUCGGACCGACCGCGCUGCCCGGCUGUAACCCGGCCCCGGCGGGAGCCCAGCGGGCGGCACCCAAGAAGCGGCGCAAGAAGAAGGUGCGCACCAGCCCGGCGGGGCAGUUCCCCAGCCGCUUCCACCAGUUCCAGCAGCACCGGCCGAGCCUGGAGGGCGGCCGCAGCCCGAGCGCAGCGCCGGAGGAUCCGGGCUGCGCCGCCGCCUCGGCUCCGGACCCCGCGGCCGCAGUCCGGCCGGCAGGAGCGAGCCCGGGGUGGCCCGCGCCGCCGGCUCAGGCUCCGCUUAGAAAGGAGGUUUUUAAAUCAAAGAUGGGAAAAUCAGAGAAGAUUGUCCUUCCCCAUGGCCAGCUUGUGCAUGGUAUACACUUGUGUGAACAACCAAAGAUAAACAGACAGAAAAGCAAAUAUAACUUGCCACUAACCAAGAUCACCUCUGCAAAAAGGAAUGACAACUUUUGGCAGGAUUCUGCUUCACCUGAUAGAAUUCAAAAGCAAGAAAAUAAGCCUUUUAAAAACACCGAGAACAUUAAAAACAUUCAUUGGAAGAAAUCAGGGUUUCUAACUGAAGUGAGCCAAAAGGAAAAUUAUGCUGGGGCAAAAUUUAGUGAUCCACCUUCUCCUAGUGUUCUUCCAAAGCCUCCGAGUCACUGGAUGGGAAGCACCGAUGAAAAUUCCAACCAAAACAAGGAGCUGAUGGCAGUGCACUUAAAAACGCUCCUAAAAGUUCAGACUUAGAUUUUAGGUUUUGGUAUGUAUGCUAAACAUAGUUUUUCCCAAACCCCUGGACUCUGAAAGGAAAUUGAUAACAGUAAUGGAAAUUUGCCAUGUUGCAGCAUUCAGAUACAAAAGAUGAGCUUACAGUUCCAUACAAAUAGCUUGUACUAUAUUUUAUAUUUUGUAAAUACUGUAUACCAUGUAUUAUGUGUAUAUUGUUCAUACUUGAGAGGUACAUUAUAGUUUUGUUAUGAAAGUAUGUAUUUGCCCUGCCAACAUGGUGGGUGUUUUGUAUAUAUACAGUGGAGAAAUUUUAAGUGGAUGCUAAGGCACAUACAUGGAAGACUGGUUUAUUUGCACAGGUACUGAGAAUUUUUUUUUUUUUUAAGAAAUAGCUUUCAAAUCUCAAAGUGAAGAUCUAAAUGUGAACAAUUUACUAAUGCACUACUGAAGUCUAAAUCUGUGGCACAAUCAUUGUGAACGUGAGAUUUGUCUGUUUCUCUAAAAUGAUCUGUAACUAUUAGAAAACUAUUCCCAUUUUUACCAAACUCGGUUUCUGGUUACUGGUAUAUAGCCAUUACUAAAAUUUAAAAUACCUCUUAUUUAAUGCCAACAAAAUUGGUUGUAAUCAAAUUUUAAAGUAAUAAUAAUAAUUUGGCCUCCCCUUUUA